UCACCCUGCGCGCCCGCUGGUGGCUGCACUGCAUCACGCGCAGCCGCGAGUGCGACGUCAGGCUCGUCGUGCCCAUGGGGGAACAGGGUUCAAUUCUAGGCGCUGAGGUCACUGUCGGAAGAAUGUCAUACAAUACUCAAGUGACCGAAGUAGAAGACCAAACCAUGGAGAAUACCAUGAAAGGCAUUUUGAAACCCCAUAUGUUUUGCCUGACAAUACCACAGGUGGAAGGUGGAGCAGAUAUUGUAGCCACAGUUAGAUGGUCUCAGAAGUUACACUAUGAUAAUGGCCGAUUCACGGUCGACAUACCUUUCCGUUUUCCAUACUAUGUCAACCCAUUACCAAAAGUUUUCAUGAAGAGGGAGAAAAUUCAGUUGACAGUGAAUAGUGGAUUCAGUAAAGAGGUUUUGUUGCAGGGCACAAGCCAUUCAUUGAAGGAAAAGGCAAGGCAGGGUGAUAAAUUGUCUUUCCUGCAUGAAGCAGUUGUUGAGAAUUGGUCAAACAAAGAUUUCACAUUUUCCUACAGUGUUUACUCUGGUGACUUGUCAGGUGGUAUCCAUGUGCAGCCUUCAACAUCUCAGGAUUAUGACGAUAGAGAUACGUUCAGCAUUUUCAUUUUACCUGGAAGUGGGAAUAGAAAGGUCUUCAAGAAAGCAGUCGUAUUUGUUGUUGAUACAAGUGGAAGCAUGAAAGGGAAACCUCUUGAGAAUGUGAAGAAUGCAGUGUCUACAGCUCUUUCUGAACUUGUGCAAGGAGAUUACUUCAACAUUAUAACAUUUAAUGAGGAGCUCCAUUCAUUCUCAUCAUGUUUAGAGAAAGUAAAUGAAAAGGCAAUAGCAAGUGCGAAUGAUUGGAUGAACGACAACUUUGUUGCUGAGGGUGGCACAGAUAUUAUGCAUCCUUUAAAUGAGGCGAUGGCAUUAUUGUCAAGUGCCCAUGAUGCGCUCCCACAAAUUUUUCUUAUGACUGAUGGAUCGGUUGAUGAUGAGCAUGACAUCUGCCAAACUGUGAAAAAUGAGCUCCUCAGCAGAGGAUCUAAAUCUCCCCGAAUUUCUACGUUCGGACUAGGUUUAUAUUGCAACCAUUAUUUCUUGCGCAUGGUGGCAUCAAUUGGCAAGGGGCAUUUUGAUGCUGCACUUGAGACAGGAUCAAUUGAGAGUCGAAUACUUAAGUGGUUCAGGAAAGCAUCAAAUACAAUAGUGGCAAACAUCUCCAUUGAUGCUACGGGACACCUCAAUGAUUUUGAAGUGGAUUCUGAAUAUAUUCCAGACAUUUCAGCACAGUGUCCUUUAUGUAUAUCUGGAAAAUACCAAGGCAAGUUCCCUGAGACAGUUGUGGCAACAGGUUACUUGGCUGACAUGACAGAGAUCUCGAUUGAGCUGAAGGUCCAGCAUAUAACGGACAUGCCUCUUGAUAACAUUUUCGCAGCACAGCAGAUUGCUCUUCUCACAGCAAAGGCAUGGCUUUCUGCAGACAAACAAUUGGAGAGAAAGGUGAUAAAAUUAAGCAUAGAGAAUAGUGUUCUUUCAGAGUACACAAGCAUGGUUGUACUUCAAACCAAUUUGGAUGCAGCACAAAAAGUCAAGCAGAAACAGAAAGGACACAAAGGCGCCAAUGAGCCAUUACGAUUCCAGCUUCAUGGUCUAAAACUUGGAUUCGGUGACAAAGCAGCCACCAGGGAAAACCUCCUCACAUGUUUCGGCGACGAGAAACCACUGGAGACGUUGAAGAUAUUCAAGAAGGCGGGCGGGUGCUGCGGCCGAGUCGCGGACUGCCUCUGCUGCAUGUGCUGCAUCAAGGCGUGCAACAAGAUGAACGACCAGUGCGCCAUCUUGAUGGCACAGAUCUGCGCUGCGCUAUCGUGCCUCGGCUGCUACGAGUGCUGCGCGGAGGUGUGCUGUGGAGGGUCCGAGUCGUAGUGAGAGCCCGGGGUGUGUACAUAACUAGAGUGGGCAGAAGCCUGUGGGUGUCAUACUGUGUAGAAUGCUUGAUCAAGAAUGAUCAGGCCGUCUUUGGUUGUACAACUUGUCCAUGAUGAUACAACUUCGGAUAGUCAGUGUAAGUUUGGACUAGCCCAAAUGGUUGGAUGAGCUUUUUUAUAUAUUGUAGAAGUACUGUACAAAAAGGAGAGAGCAGAUGGUAGAGACUUCUUUUUAAAGUAGAACGGUGGCUUUAUUAUAUUCAUUUAAAAUGCCAAAGAUGCUGGCCGAUGCCCAAGGAAGACGCCGCCUUUGCCAAGUCAUGUGGCUUGUGAUUUGACU